AGUAAAUCGUGGAAGUAAAUGCGAAAUACUGAUACCCAUAUCUCAAAAAUCUGGAAAGUAAAGAUCAUAAAGGCACCACAUUGUACUCCACGUGGCACUCUGAUUUCAAUAGCUCCAAGUUUUAAUAUUAUCCCGAUUUAUCUCAAACUUCCACCAAAAUUUCUCAACUGUAAUUCUUGAAUUGUUUCCAUCAUUUUUACACAAAACGAAAUCAUUGUUAAGUUAGAAAUGGAAUCCGAAUCUGAAUCCCAACAAUGGCGAAGGCCUCGACUCAACAAUUACGCCCUCGCUUGCGCCCUCUUGGCCUCCACCAAUUCCAUCCUCUUGGGAUACGACAUUGGGGUGAUGAGCGGCGCAGCUCUCUUCAUCAAACAAGACCUCCACAUUUCCUCAGUUCAACAUGAGAUUUUGGUGGGCUCUCUCAAUUUAUUCUCCUUGAUCGGCUCUCUCGCCUCCGGCAAGACCUCCGACUGCAUCGGCCGCCGCUACACCAUCGUCUUGGCCGCCGCCGCCUUCUUCGCCGGGGCGCUGCUCAUGGGCCUGGCCCCUUCCUACCCGUUCCUCAUCGCCGGGCGGGCCGUCGCCGGCGUCGGGGUCGGCUACUCCCUCAUGAUCGCCCCGCUCUACACGGCGGAGGUCUCCCCCGCCGUCACCCGCGGCUUCCUCACCUCGCUGCCGGAGGUCUUCAUCAACGUCGGGAUCCUGCUCGGCUACGUCGUCAACUACGCCCUCUCCGGCCUCUCCCCGCGCCUCAACUGGCGCCUCAUGCUCGGCCUCGCCGCCGUCCCCGCCGUCGCCAUCGCCGCCGGCGUCAUCGCCAUGCCGGAGUCCCCGCGCUGGCUGAUCAUGAAGGGCCGCGCCGCCGAGGCCCAGGCCGUGCUGCGCCGGACGUCGGAGACCGACGAGGAGGCCGACACCCGAUUGGAGGAAAUCACGAAAGCCGCCGCCGCGGACUCGAGCGAUUCGCACGGCCGAGGUGUUUGGAGGGAGCUACUCCGCCCCCCACCGCCGCUACGGCGUAUUUUAAUAGCGGCGGUGGGGAUCAACUUCUUCAUGCAGGCCUCCGGGAACGACGCCGUGGUGUACUACACGCCGGCGGUGUUCGAAUCCGCCGGAAUCCGCAGCCGGAGAGGGCUGGUCGGAGUGACGGUGAUUAUGGGGGUGGUUAAGACGUCGUUUGUUUUGAUAUCCGCGUUAUUCCUGGAUCACUACGGGAGAAGGCCGCUGCUGUUGUUGGGCUCGAUGGGCCAAGCCCUAUCGCUAUUUGGGUUGGGCCUAGGGUCGAAAUUCCUGGAGCAUAGGGUCCAUAAACCGAUGUGGGCCAUUGCGGUGUGCGUGGUGACGGUGUGCGCGGACGUGUCAUUCUUCUCGAUAGGGCUGGGGCCCAUCACGUGGGUGUACUCGUCGGAGAUAUUUCCGACCCGGUUGAGGGCGCAGGGGUCGAGCGUGGCGGUGUCGGUGAACCGGUUGGUGAGCGGGGUGGUGUCGAUGUCGUUUCUGAGUGUGUCGGAGAGGAUUAGUUUUGGGGGCACGUUUUUAGUGUUGGGAGGGAUAAUGGUGGUGGCGUCGAUUUUCUUCUACUUUAUGUUGCCGGAGACGAGAGGGAAGAGUUUGGAGGAAAUCGGGGCGCUAUUCCAGGAUAAACAUCCCAAGACUACGGAAAUGACCUGACCCAGCACAUUCUUUAUUUUCUAUUUCAAUUUUAGGGAUAAUUAAUGUUAUGUAUUUGUGAAUUAAAUGUACUACACAAUUUGGUGAUCAAACGAAGAUGAGCAUGUAAGGGGCUAGAAAUUAGAGUAUGAAUGAAUCUCGAGCCAUGAAAAAGAAAGGGAGAGAGAUAAGUGUCAUUGUGUUUGAAUGUUUAUUGCAGUACAUAAUUGUGUACAAA